AUGGAAAAAAAGUGCAUCAAUAACCAGAGAAUUCCAUGGAUGCCAAUUGCUGGGAAAGAUGAUUCAAUUCCUUCUCAUCAAGUCGAACAAGCACUACGAUAUGCUCAGCUUCCCACUUUAUUACAAAAUCAAUCCUGGACAAAAUCAGUUCCUUAUAAGCAUUGGUACAAUUAUGUUAAACCAAUGGAAAGCAUUGGCAACAAUUUUACACCAACAAGUUACAAAUACUCCAUGAAAUGUCUAACUCGAAGAAGAGAAUCUUCAGUUCGAUGGCACCCUUUUGAUUCAGAAGGAAAACUAAUAUUUCCACCUAUUCAGUGCAUCAGAGAGCAUCAAGAAGAAAUUAAACAAAAAUCAGCAGAAAGAUUAAAGAAUCUUAAACUCAAGCAGGAUAAUAUAAUAACUUUGCACGAACUAGCAAAGGAUAAACCACACACGAAGAUAAAAAGAAAAACUGGGAGAAAAUUUAAAGAAAAAAGCAGUAGUGAAGAAUCGAGAGUUAUUGAAGAAGAGAUUUUACGAAAAAGGGAAGCUGAAGUUCCCAGGGAUAUUGAAGACCAAUUGGAAGAAUUGCAUUCUAUUGUGAAAAGAGAGCAGGAGGGAAAAGUUCGAGAUGAGGAUGUCUGCAGACUAUUUUAUUUAAGAUAUUGUUGUAUAGAUGACUCACAGUUGGAACCUUAUGAUUAUUCUAAUAUCAGGGAGGCUCGAAAGAGAAUUAUUGGACGAUUACGAAAGCGAGCUGAUUUUCUCACGAGAACAUCGGGAUUAGAACCAGAAAUUAUCAAAGAUUACAAAGAAAGUCUACGUUGUGCGAUAGUCGACUUUAUAUUACAAGAUCCGAACGAAAGAAAACGUUUGCUCAUCGAAACUCUGCCUCUUGAAUAUCCAGUUUUAAAUGUAAGGGCACCUGUUCCAUGGCAUCAAGGAAAAGUAAUGGCUGAGCAUUUGCUCGAACACAAUCUCUUUAUUGGAAAUAAAAUCCUUAUACAUAUUCGAGAUUUAUGGAACCAAAAAUAUGACACGAUGAUGAUUAUCAGAAUCGAUGACUUCGGAACGCUUCCAAUCCCUGCUUUCGAGAUACAAUCAACAGUAAAUUCCCUCUGUCGAGCAGCAAGUGUAAAACUUUUAAAGGAAUGGCUCGCGGAUGUUGCAGAAAUAUUUCUUGAAAAGCAAAGUUCUUGGUCAAAUUACUUUGAAAAGAGUACUACAGCCUCGACCGUACAGAUUGAAAAAUAUUUCCGGAGUGUAAAUGUCAUUCUAUCGAAGCAAUUACGUUCAACGGUCAUGAAAACUUUGAAGCAUUUAAGGGACUUUUUUGUACAAUACAAUGAUGGAAACAAUUUCUCUGGUGACUACGAAGACCUAAUGUUUACUCGAACUCCUUUCAUGACGAUCGCAGUGAAACCAAAAAUGGGAACUAAAGAGUUAAUGUGUACACCGAGCGUUUUUGAAAUGCACAAAAGAUUAUCAGCUUGCUUCGAUAGAAUCAUUUCUGUCGCUCGAAAAGUUCCAAAAAUCGAAACGAUUUUAUUUCCCGAAUUAGAAUGUGAGGAGUUCCUUUUUCCUAUUUUUAGAGAAGAGGAAGAGGUAACUGACAUAAUCAAAGAAACUCUGGAUGCUGUUGCUUAUAAUAUGUAUGGUCCAGACUUAUACCUUAAUUGUUACAAUAAUCUUCUCUACAUAAUCGAUGGAUCAGCCAAAAAAAGUUUGGAUGAAUAUUUUAAAAUUGACCCUUUCCCCUCCUUGCGAGAAUUCGGACACAGGAUUGAAGAUCUUGAUGAGCUUAGCAAAGAAAUAUGCCUUUUUCGUAAUAAGAUCCCUUUGAACCUCGUGGAAGUGGACUGUUCCCUCGUGAACGAAUCAAUGCGCCAAGUUCUCUUCAACCUUCGAACAACAAUUUGCAAUUAUUUCCUCAAUGAACUAAGAACCAACAAUUAUGAUCUCUGCAGGGUCUUCGACGAAAUAGCAGGUAGAAUUUCAGGAAUGCCGGAAACAACGCUACAAGUCGUGGAACUGAUAAACUACCUCAACGAGAGUAGAGACGCAACCAUGUUCAAUCUACGAGGCGAUCUUGUACGAUCAGCAGAGCUGAUUUUAUUUCUUUUUGACUACCAAGCUCCCAUCGACGAAGAUAUUAAUUUAAACACCAGAACCUUGACCUGGCCAAAGGAAAUGGAAACCAUUAUGGAUCUUGCGAAUGUCCGAUUGAACAUGAGAAAAGAAUUCGUAGAAGGUGUCCUCAGGGUCAGAAGAGACAACUUCGAACAGAGAAUCCGCAGAAUUCAAGAAGUUAUAGAUCAGUUUAAGAAAAGGGACCCGCCAGUUCUCACAAUGGAAGAAAUGGAGGAAGCGACGGCCGAAAUCGAAGAGAUUUCUCAGGAAAUGGCUGAUAUUGUGAAAGAAGCUGAACGAAUCAACGAAGAGGAGGUACUUCUUGAUUUGGAACAGAGUCCUUAUAUUACUUUACCAGGAAUGUCAUCCACCGUUGAUACCUUUGACAAACUUUGGCACACAGUUCUGUCUUUUCAUCGGAACUACGAAAAGUGGUAUUACGGACCGUUCGAAGGUCUUGAUUCCGAAGCAGUUCUUGAAGAAACAGACAACACCUGGAGAACUUUGUACAAACUUUCAAGAGUUCUUACAGACGUAGCUGGUGCUCGAAGAAUUGCAGAAAUGGUCAGAGGAAAGGUGGAGAAGUUCAAGCAGUUCAUUCCAGUUUUGCAAACUAUUUGCAAUCCCGGUCUCCAACCUAGGCACUGGAAUCAAAUUAGUAAAGUCGUUGGAGUAACCAUAGUGCCCACAAAAACAAGCAGUCUUUCGCAAAUGAUAGACUAUGGUCUACCGGUUCACAUAAAUCAAUUGGAAGAAAUAUCCUCUGCUGCUACGAAAGAACAUGCGCUUGAGAAGAAUUUGAGAAAGAUGCAAGAGGAGUGGCAGCAGAUAUUCUUUGAUUUGAGUCCCUAUAGAGAAACUGGGGUUUCAGUUUUAUCUGCUGUUGAUGAUAUUCAAGUUUUGCUUGACGAUCAUAUUCUAAAAGCUCAAACUAUGAGAGGAUCACCGUUCAUCAAGGCUUUUGAGGAGGAGAUGCAAUCUUGGGAAGAAAAACUGAUCCUGAUGCAAGACAUCAUUGAUCAGUGGUUGACUUGCCAGGCGACUUGGAUGUACCUAGAACCCAUAUUCAGCAGUGAAGACAUAAUGAGGCAGAUGCCAGCGGAAGCUAAAAGUUUCCGAAAGGUCGACAAAAUCUGGAGAGACAUCAUGAAACACGUGAUGGAGCACCAAAAAGUCACAGAAGCGACUGACAUGCCGAAAAUGCUCGAACAGUUCAAACUUUGUAACCAGUUGUUGGAUGAGAUUCAGAAAGGAUUGAAUGACUAUCUUGAGAAAAAGAGACUCUAUUUUCCGAGAUUUUUCUUCCUUUCCAAUGAUGAAUUGCUCGAAAUUUUAUCUGAAACGAGAGAUCCUCAGAGGGUGCAACCCCACUUGAAGAAAUGUUUUGAGGGUAUUUGCAGCUUGCGUUUCACAAAAGAUGAAGAGAUUAUUGGAAUGUUGUCAGAUGAGGAAGAAUACGUUCCGAUGAGUAUGAAAAUUUAUCCAGCUGAUGCAAAAGGGAUGGUGGAGAGAUGGCUCUGUCAGGUUGAAGAACAGAUGCGAAAUUCUUUGAGAGAUAUUGCUCAAGAUAGUAUUAUUGCUUACUUCAAUAACAUUAGAGAAGAGUGGAUUUUAUCCUGGCCGGGACAAAUUGUCCUCUGCGCAAGUCAAAUUCACUGGACAUGUGAAGUAGUUGAUUCUUUUGAGAACAACUCUACGGCAGAUGUUCUAGCAAAAUGUAGUUCUCAGAUAGACAAAACUGUGAGUUUAGUCAAAGGAAAAUUGGAACCGGGUGCUAGAAUAACUCUGAAUGCGCUGAUCGUAAUUGAUGUACAUGCUAGAGAUGUGGUCAAACUUUUAGUAGAGACCAAAGUCCAAAAUGCGAUGGACUUUAAUUGGAUUUCCCAAUUGCGAUAUUACUGGUUGGAUGCGAGCAUCACUGUCUCGAUGAUCACUACAGAUGUUGCUUAUGGAUUCGAGUAUCUUGGAAACUCCGCUAGAUUGGUGAUCACACCUCUAACUGAUAGAUGUUACCGGACUCUGAUGGGAGCGUUGAAGCUUAAUCUUGGCGGAGCUCCUGAAGGACCAGCAGGAACAGGAAAGACGGAAACUUGUAAAGAUUUAGCGAAAGCAGUUGCUAAACAGUGUGUGGUUUUCAAUUGUUCUGAAGGAUUAGAUUACAAAGCUAUGGGAAAAUUCUUUAAAGGUCUUGCACAAGCUGGCGCCUGGUCCUGUUUCGAUGAGUUUAAUCGAAUCGACCUGGAAGUUCUAUCAGUGAUAGCUCAACAGAUUCUGACGAUUCAAAUGGCGAUAGGAAUGAGAGUCGAACGUUUUAUGUUUGAAGGAACGGAACUUAAACUAAAUCCGACAUGUAAUGUUUUCAUAACAAUGAAUCCUGGUUAUGCUGGUCGUCAAGAACUACCCGAUAAUCUGAAAGUUCUCUUCCGAACAGUCGCUAUGAUGGUUCCAGAUUACGGAAUGAUAGGAGAAAUUACUCUUUAUUCCUACGGAUUUGUAGACGCAAGAAGCCUCGCUGACAAAAUUGUACAUACUUAUAAACUUUGCUCGGAACAACUUAGUUCGCAGAGUCACUAUGAUUAUGGAAUGAGAGCUGUAAAGACAGUUUUGACAGCUGCUGGUCAUUUGAAAUUAAAAUAUACUAAGCAGGAUGAAUCAGUUCUUGUUUUAAGAGCGAUAGUGGAUGUAAAUCUGCCCAAAUUCCUGGCUCAGGAUGUUCCGUUGUUCAAUGGAAUUUACAGUGAUUUGUUUCCUGGAAUUGAUUUGCCGAAUCCUGACCGAGAAGAGUUGAUGCAACUUCUCAUAAAUAAUUUAAAGAAGAAAAAUCUCCAGGCAACACCAUGGUAUGUUGAUAAGAUCAUCCAGAUUUAUGAAAUGAUUUUAGUUAGACAUGGAUUGAUGAUUGUUGGCGAACCACUCGGAGGAAAAACUGAGGCUUAUCAGACAUUGGCAGCAGCUUUGGGGGAUCUAUACAUGUCCAAGAAUCCAGUCAUGCGAGAGUUUCGGACCAUUUACAGAAUCAUCAAUCCGAAAGCAAUUACUUUAGCACAGUUGUAUGGGAGUUUUGAUCCAGCUUCUCAUGAGUGGAGCGAUGGUGUCCUGGCCAAUACGUUCAGAGAAUUUGCUCAAUCUAUAUCAGUAGAUCGCAAAUGGAUUCUCUUCGAUGGUCCAGUGGAUGCCGUUUGGAUAGAAAAUAUGAAUACCGUUCUCGAUGACAAUAAAAAACUUUGUUUAAUGUCUGGAGAGAUAAUUCAGAUGUCUAACAAGAUGAAUAUGAUUUUUGAACCAGCAGAUCUUGAACAUGCUUCGCCUGCUACUGUCAGCAGAUGUGGAAUGAUUUAUUUGGAACCUUCGCAACUAGGUUGGGGGGCUUUCUAUGAAUCCUACAAAAAGAAUCUAAAGGAAAAAUUACUUGUGGAACAAUAUGAACUGGUUCUUGAAAUCGUAGACUGGUUAACGAAACCGGUUUUAGAUUUCAUUAAAUACAAUUGCAGGUGUUUCAUAGAAACUUCAGAUCUUCAUAUGUUUUUGUCUUUUACGAGAAUGCUGAGUACGCUCUUGGAAGGAGAAAGUCAAGUGAGCACAGUCUGGCUUCAAUGCAUAUUGUUAUUUAGCGUUGCCUGGGGAUUUUGUCCAACCUUAGUGAGCGACAGUAGAAAAACUUUCGAUAAUUACUUUCGAUCUUUAUUAAUGGGAAUGGUGGAAGAAUAUCCUAAACCAAAAGCAUUCAAAUUAACAAAGCAGCAGCUUUUUCCGGAAAGAGGUACUGUUUUCGAGUGGGUUUAUGACAAGAGGAAUAAUGGUAGCUGGAUAUCUUGGAUGGACACAAUGGCGCCAUUGAACUUACCUCCAACCGCAAAAAUCAGCGACCUCAUCAUCCAAACCAACGAAAUGUCCAUGCAAAGAUUCUUUAUAGCAAGUCUACUUCCAAGAUCAAUCCCAAUUCUCUUUGUCGGGCCAACAGGAACAGGAAAAUCUGCAAUAGUCCUAAACUACAUGCUCUCUCUCCCUAAAGAAAAGUUUGUUCAAAAUGUAGUAAAUUUCAGUGCUCGAACGAGUGCAUCCCAAACCCAGGAUACAAUCAUGUCAAAGUUGGAUAGAAGAAGAAAAGGAGUUUAUGGUCCUGCAAUGGGGAAAAAAUGUGUCCUGUUUGUUGAUGACCUCAGUAUGCCGCAAAAAGAAACAUAUGGAGCUCAACCGCCGAUAGAACUCCUACGUCAGUGGAUAGAUCACGGCCACUGGUUUCAUCCUAAAGAUACAACGAUGUUGUAUCUUGUAGAUAUUCUCAUGAUAACUGCAAUGACACCACCAGGAGGUGGUUCAAAUAUCGUAACCUCUAGGUUAACUCGUCACAUGCAUUUAAUUGGCAUCGAUUCUUUCGAAGAUGCGACAAUGACCAGAAUAUUCAGUUCCAUUCUUGAAUGGCACUUCGCAAAAGGUUUUGAAGAAAAAGUAUCGAGACUUGGAAAAAUGCUGGUAUCAGCAACAAUGGAGGUCUUCCAAGAGGCGAUCAAAAACUUUCUCCCAAUACCAGCAAAAAGUCAUUAUCUUUUUAAUCUUCGAGAUUUUAGUAGAGUCAUCAGUGGUGUGAUUUUAGUUCCAGCCUCCAGAAUGAAGAAUCCAGAUAAGCUGAUCAAACUCUGGGUUCAUGAGGUCUAUCGAGUCUUCCACGAUCGUCUAGUAGAUGAAGAAGAUCGAGAAACUCUGUUCAAAAUAGUCAGACAAACGUGCUAUACUCAGCUUCGUCAGCCUCUUGAAAAGAUUUUGGAAAAUCUUAUGAAAGAAGGAGAAAGUACCAUCAAUAGGGCGCACAUUCGAGACCUAUAUUUUGGAAAUUAUAUGGAACCAGAUGCUGAUCCUAAGAUAUACGACGAAGUUGCUGAUCUUAAUGACCUUCAAGAAAAAAUGGACUACUAUCUAUCAGAGUACAAUAUGGUCUCCAAGACUCCGAUGUCUUUGGUUCUUUUCAGAUAUGCUAUCGAGCACAUAUCCCGAAUUUCAAGAAUCCUUCUCCAGGACGCUGGACAUGCACUUCUGGUAGGAAUGGGUGGAUCUGGUAGAAAUUCUUGUGCAAAGUUAGCAACAAGUAUGUGUGAAUACAUGAUGCAACAGAUUGAAAUCACAAGGAAUUAUGGACCCAAUGAAUGGAGGGAUGAUUUGAAAGCACUGCUGCUAAAAGUAGGAAACAAUGGUAAGCCAACUGUUUUUCUCUUCGGUGAUAAUCAGAUCAAGGACGAGUCUUUUGUAGAGGAUAUAAAUAUGGUUUUAAACACUGGAGACGUUCCGAAUCUUUAUGCGUCAGAUGAAAAAGCAGAAAUUCUUGAAAAAAUGAUGGCAACAAUAAGAGAAAGUGGGAUGAAGAAAGUAGAAACUACACCGAUGGCACUCUACAAUUUGUUCAUUGAAAGGGUCAGAAAAAAUCUUCACAUCAUUUUAACUAUGUCGCCUAUCGGUGAUGCAUUCAGGGUGAGGCUAAGAAUGUUCCCCUCUCUUAUAAACUGUUGUACAAUAGAUUGGUACACUGCCUGGCCAGAGGAUGCUUUAGAAAGAGUAGCGCAAAUGUUUCUCAAAGAUUUGAGUAUUGAGUCAGAUGUUCGGGAUAAAUGUGUAGUCAUCUGUAAACAGUUCCACACGAGUAUAGAUAAGGCUAGUCAGGAUUAUUACAGAACUCAACGUCGGAGGAACUACGUCACACCGACCAGUUUUCUUCAACUGAUCAAGUCUUUGUACAAGUUUUAUGGACAGAAGGUUGAUCAGAUAACGAAACAGCAAAAUCGGUAUGAAACUGGUUUGGAGAAAUUGGACUUUGCAGCUGGUCAAGUAGCAGUUAUGCAGGAUGAACUGCACGCUUUGCAGCCUAAGUUAGUGGCUCAGUCACAGCUUAGUGAUAAGCUGAUGAUAAAAAUUGAACAAGAUACUGUCAACGUGGAAGCUAAGAAGGAAGUUGUCGCAGCUGAUGAAGCUUUGGCUAAUGAAGCUGCAGCUGCAUCUCAGGCUAUUAAAGAUGACUGCGAAAGUGACUUGGCCGAGGCGACACCAGCUUUAGAAGCUGCUUUAGCAGCUUUGGAUACUCUAAAACCUGCAGAUAUCACUAUAGUCAAGUCAAUGAAAAAUCCACCUGCUGGAGUCCGAUUAGUUAUGGAAGCUGUUUGCGUCCUAAAGGGUAUCAAGCCUGACAGGGUUCAGGAUCUAGCAACAACUCAAACAGUAGAAGAUUACUGGCCAGCUUCCAUUAGAAUGCUCGGAGACAUGAAGUUCCUUGAGAGUCUGAGAACCUUUGAUAAGGACAGUAUUCCUCCAGCAAAUAUGAAGAAAAUCAGAGACAGAUAUAUGAAUGAUAGAGGAUUCAAGCCAGAGGUUAUCAAAAAGGUUUCUACGGCUUGUGAAGGUAUCUGUAAGUGGGUUCGAGCCAUGGAGGUUUACGAUCGAGUGAUUAAAGUAGUGGCUCCUAAAAAGGCGAUGCUGGCUGAGGCUGAAGGUAAACUUGCAGUUCAGAUGGAAAUGUUGAACGCAAAGAGGGCUCUUCUGCAAGAAGUUACUGGCAAACUUCAGCAGCUGAAUGAUGAGUUUGCGGAGUGUAUGCGGGAAAAAAAGAAACUUGAGGAUGCGAUUGAAUUAUGUAUGCAGAAACUGGAUAGAGCAGAAAAGUUAUUAGGAGGUUUGGGUGGAGAGAAGGCGAGAUGGAGCCAAACUGCAGAGGCUCUGGGUGCUAGUCUAAAAAAUGUGAUUGGCGAUGUCUUGUUAGCUUCUGGUGUAGUUGCUUAUUUAGGAGCAUUCACAGUGGAUUAUAGAAACAGUUUGGUGAAGACGUGGCAUGAUUCUUGUGUGAAAAUGGAAAUUCCUCGAAGUCAGCAAUUCAGUUUAGAUGAUAUUCUUGGAGAACCUGUGGAAAUUAGAUCAUGGUUGAUUCAUGGAUUGCCUGCUGAUAAUUUUUCGGUGGAGAACGGUAUCAUUAUUAAGAAUGCGGAUCGCUGGCCUUUAAUGAUAGAUCCUCAGGGUCAAGCGAACAAGUGGGUAAAAAGCAUGGAAAAGCAGAAUAAACUGGCAGUGAUAAAACUAACAGAUUCUAACUACGUAAGAGUAUUAGAAACCGCAAUUCAGAUGGGACGUCCUGUUCUUCUAGAAAACAUUUUGGAAGAAAUGGACGCAAUUUUGGAACCAGUGCUUUUAAAAAGUAUCUACAAACAACAAGGAGUUCUCUACCUCAAAUUUGGAGAAGAAGUCUUAGAGUACGAUGAGGGUUUUCGAUUUUAUAUCACCACACGUCUACGAAAUCCACACUACCUGCCGGAAACUGUUGUCAAAGUGACCCUCUUAAAUUUCAUGAUCACGCCCCAAGGACUUGAGGAUCAACUGCUAGGAAUUGUUGUUGCCAAAGAACUUCCUGUUUUAGAAGAAAAGAAAAAUCAGCUAAUCGUGGAAGGUGCAAACAAUAAGAGAAUAUUGAAAGAAAUCGAGGACAAGAUUCUCGAAGUUCUUUCAACUUCCGAAGGUAACAUCCUUGAAGAUGAAACAGCUAUCAAGAUUCUCUCAUCUUCAAAGCUUUUGUCAGAAGAUAUUCAAGCCAAGCAAAAAAUCGCCUUAAAAACUGCAAACGAAAUUGAUGAAGCUCGAAAUGGUUACAAAGUAGUCUCUCGACAUGGAGCUAUUCUUUUUUUCUGCAUUUCCGAACUCGCUAAUAUCGACCCUAUGUAUCAAUAUUCUCUACCUUGGUUUAUACAUCUCUACAUCAUGGCAAUCGCUAAUAGUAAGAAAUCCGAAAACUUGCAGAUUCGAAUGCACAAUUUGAAUGACUACUUCACAGCAAGUAUUUACAGAAAUAUAUGUCGCUCUCUCUUCGAAAAGGACAAAUUAAUAUUUUCCUUAGUGCUCUGUAUAGGAAUUUUGAGAGCAGAAGAAAAGCUGGACGAGGAUUUAUGGACCUUUUUAUUAACAGGAGGUGUAGCUUUGCAAAAUACUUAUCCAAAUCCAGACCCAACUUGGUUGACAGAGAAAUCCUGGUCAGAAGUAGUCAGAGCUUCUGGUUUAAACGGUCUUCAGCAACUAAGAAAAUCAUUUGAAAAAUUUUCAUCUGAAUGGAAGGCCUAUUAUGAUUUACCAUAUCCUCAGGAACAUCCUUUCCCUCCACCAUUUAAAAACGAAGAUCAUGGUUUAAGGAAAUUAGUUAUCCUGAGAUGUGUUAGACCAGAUAAACUGGUUUCAGCAACCCAGAGUUUUAUAACUCAUUACAUGGGACAGUCUUUUAUAGAACCUCCACCCUUUGAUCUUCAGGAUUCUUAUAAUGAUUCGAGCAAUAUUUCACCCCUGGUAUUUAUUCUUUCUCCUGGCUCUGAUCCAAUGACUGGAUUGAUCAAAUUCGCCGAGGACAAAGGUAUUCUGAAAAAGAAUCUUAUGUCAAUUUCCCUUGGUCAGGGCCAAGGACCAAUAGCGGCAGGAAUGAUAUCCAAAGGUAUAAAAACUGGAGAGUGGGUAGUUUUGCAAAACUGUCAUUUGGCUGAGUCUUGGAUGAAGGAAUUGGAUCGCAUUUGUGAUGAAGUUAUCACUCCGGAAAACACUCAUCAGAAAUUUAGAAUAUGGCUAACUAGUUAUCCCUCUAAAGCAUUUCCUGUUUCUGUUUUACAAAACGGUGUAAAAAUGACGAAUGAAGCACCCAAAGGAUUAAAGAAUAAUUUACUACGAAGUUAUAUGAAUGAUCCUAUUUCAGAUGUGAAGUUCUUUAAGAAUUGUUCAAAGACUGAUGAGUGGAGAAGUCUUCUUUUUUCGCUAUGCUUUUUUCAUGCCGUGGUGCAAGAAAGACGGAAAUUCGGACCUUUGGGAUGGAAUAUUCCUUACGAGUUUAACGAAUCUGACUUAAGAAUCAGUGUUUUGCAAUUGCAGAUGUUUUUAAAUGAUUAUGAAAGUGUACCAUUGGAAGCACUUCUUUAUUUGACUGGUGAAUGUAAUUACGGAGGUCGAGUUACGGAUGAUAAGGACAGACGAUUAUUAAAUUCUUUGAAUAGAAUCUACUAUAAUGAAAAAGUAACUACUGAUCCAAACUACACCUUCUCACCAAGUGGAAUUUAUCAUCUACCGAGAGAAACCAACUACUCUGGAUGUCUUAAAUAUAUACGCACUCUCCCAGGAAAGCAGCUGCCAGAAGUUUACGGAUUACAUGAAAACGCCGAUAUAACUAAAGAUAAUAAAGAAUCGAUGCAGCUUCUUGAAGGCGUUUUAUUAACUCAGCUUCAAAUCACUAGUGUUGGGGCCGAAGGAAACACAGAAGCUACAGUCGCGAAUCUUGCAGCUGAUAUUUUAUCAAAAAUGCCACCCCAAUUCAAUCUUGAAUACGUUUCGAAAGAAUACCCUGUCCUCUAUAUGAACAGCAUGAAUACGGUUUUGCGCCAGGAGCUAAUAAGAUUCAACAGACUCACUGUUGUGAUUAAAAGUACUUUGAUAGACAUACAAAAAGCCGUCAAAGGUGAAGUGGUAAUGUCUCCAGACUUGGAAGAAGUAUUUCUUAGCAUCAGUAUCGGAAAAGUUCCCAGUAUCUGGGACAAAAAAUCUUAUCCCUCGCUCAAACCUCUUGGAAGUUACGUGAACGAUUUGCUAGCGAGGAUAGCUUUCCUGCAAGAUUGGAUUGACAAUGAUGCACCCGUGGUCUUUUGGAUAUCCGGAUUUUUCUUCACGCAAUCUUUUUUAACUGGAGUUUUGCAAAACUAUGCUCGCAAGACUGCAAUACCUAUUGAUCAUUUGGAUUUUGAAUUUGAAGUCACUUCAUUCGAGACGAGUGCUAAAAAUAGUCCUUCUACUGGAGUUUAUAUAAAGGGACUAUUUUUAGAAGGUUGCCGAUGGAACAGAGAAAUUAAAGAGCUGGAUGAAUCAAAACCUAAAAUUAUGUUUGAUACAGUUCCAAUAAUAUGGUUAAAACCAGGAAUUAAGGAAAAAUUUCAAAUUUCUAAUGUUUAUUACUGUCCUGUCUACAAAACUAGUGCCAGAAGAGGAGUAUUAGCGACUACUGGGCAUUCUUCCAAUUUUGUUAUGUAUAUUCUUUUAAAAACAAAACUGGAAGAAUCGCAUUGGACUAAUCGGGGAGUGGCAUGCUUGUGCCAACUUGAUGAUUGAAAUCUAAUUUCGCUGAAAUAUCGCUUCUUAAACCACGAACAAGAAAUAUUUUAAUUUCUUGCAUAUUUUAACAAAGUGAUCAAUAUAUUAUUUAUAUAGAAAAUUUAUUUAAUGUAUGAACUCAGUAAU